AUGAUCAGCUGUGACGGAGAGGCAGGUGUGUCUGGUGCUGGAGGUGCCAGUGGAGGAUCACUUAUGUUGGUGACUAACUCUUUCUCUGGAUCGGGUACCUUACAAGCCAAUGGUGGAGAUGGUGAUACCAUCAGUGGAGGAGGUGGUGGGGGUAGGGUCUCGAUUACCUAUACUACAUCUGAGUUCACUGGGAAACACCUGGCUUACGGAGGUCGAGCAACCAACGGGGACGGAGGAGCAGGAACGGUUUAUGUAGAGGGCGCGGGCAAAAAGAUGCUUUACAUUGAUAACAAGACACCCAGCAGUAAUAUAAAGUCUAAAAUCUCAAACAUGGACAUGACUUCCAUCACUGGCGAUGAAUCUAGUCGUACCUGGGUGCCCUUUGAUACUGCAUCCAUUACUCUUGAUGAACUGUAUAUUCUGAAUGGUGCCCACAUGGCUUUAGAGCCAAGUGCCACAACUACAACACACUCUCUGACGGUCCAGAACGUCUACGGUGAAGACUUCAUCAAUAACCCAGAAAAUAAGGGCGUGAUCCAUGUUGGUCACCACCAGUCAUUGGCGAUAAGUCAGUCAAACCUCUAUCUGCCAUUCAAUGCCAAUGUUUAUAAUGAAGGCGUUUUACAGUUGCCAUCAACUGUGAAGAUGUAUAAGGGUGACUUCUUCUUUGAAGGAAUACUGUCUGGUGUUUCUACUUGGGACAUGAUCAAUUCUAACGUAGAACUAAAGGGAACCAGUAAGACACAGAACACACUGACCCCAGCCUCUUUUACUAUCACAACCCUUAACAUACUGGCUGGCAGUACACUGACCAUGAGGGACAACAACACUAACUACAAGCUUGACCUCAACUCCCUCUUCAUUGGAGCGACUGGUACCAUCCUUGGUAGGAAACUGGAGAUCGAAGCCAGUGCUAGUUUUGUGACAGAAGAUGGAGCCAAUAUUGACCUUGAUGGCCAAGGGUCCUCUGUUUCUGGAUCAGUGUCAAACACAUUAGGAACCAGUCACGGAGGCCAAGGAGGAAAAGGUACAUCAGACACUAUAAAUGACCCAACUAAUGAUGACAUGCGUAACCCCUCUAUGCCUGGUACAGGUAAUACCAGGGCCGCAGGUGGCGGAGUCAUCAAAAUCACCACCGCAACCUUCACUAAUGAUGGUGUCAUCUCUGCUAAUGGACAAGAUGCUAACACUACAGGCUAUGGAGGUGCAGCUGGUGGCAGUAUCGAGAUCAGUUGUACAUCCAUGCAGAAUGGAGGUAGGUCUGCUACACACUGUUACGAGGUAUCAUCCGAGCCAAUGGUGGACAGUCCGGCAGUGGAUCGGCUGGUGGAGGAGGUGGUGGUCUUAUUGCUAUAA